AUGUGGUGGCCGGAAUCUCUUCUGCACAGUGGACGCUUCAUUCAAGCGGACGCCUGCGCGAAACAAUCCUCGACAGCGGGCUCAGACUCGCCUGCCAAUCUUGAUCCAGUGCACGCCGAGGAUGACUUCAAUAUUCGUGCGUCGACCAUUUCUUUAGAAAAUAUUCACUUAGAUACCGAGGUUGCAGUGGAGGCCUUCAAAAUCUUCGCCAGCAGUUUCCGUCCACAGCUUCCAAUUAUUGGAUCGAUAUCGGUAGACGCUAUGUUGCACGGACAGCCACUACUGUUUUGGACUAUCAUAAUCAUCAUUGGAUCCCACCGACCUGAAGCGCGCUUCGUGGACAUGAACAUGCGAUUCAAGGACCCGUUCACCAGAUAUCUGAACCAGCAGAUCAUGGACGCCCCUCUGCCACUGUACAAGAUACAAGCACUCGUGUUACUGUGCGAAUGGCCGUUUGGUGUGGAGACACAGGCAAAAGAUCCCACCUGGUUGUAUAGUGGCGUAGCCAUCCAGGCAGCACGGUUCAUGAGCUUGGAUCGUCAACAGACGGUCCCAUCCUUGCGUAGCUUGGGAGUCGCCCCGGGCAACAUAUCAGCAAGGAUCAACACAUGGCUGGGCUGCUUUCUUGUCACCACAUCGCUUAGCUACCACCUUGGGUUGCCUGCCCCGAUAGAUUCUGAACUUGACCUCCAAACCAUAGAGGAGUUCCUUCAGCUUCAUAAUGUACCGACCCUCUUCUCUAGCAGGGUAAGAAUCCAACUGGUGGUUGCCAAGUUUUCUGCGCUUUUGAACCGCAACACAGGAGAGUCAACUACAGUGUCGCUGAUUCGAUUGGUCGAUGUGGAAUUGAGUGCACUGCAGCCGCAAGGCAUGCUCCACGGCGAGAAGGAAACACGGAUCGAACUCGAUAUUUUAGACGCGAAGCUGCACAUAUACGCUUUGUUCUUCGCCAAAGCGUCGGAGGGAACGUCAAGACACAUCAUGUUGGCAAAUGCCCUGUCAGCCGCCCAGCGGUUCAUACACCUUGCGACGCUCUCGUGGAGGACCACAGACGGAGGCUUUGUCACUGCAGCCGCAGCACAACGCGAGCGCUGCUUACCGAAAAACCACUAUCGUGGAUUUGCAUUCGCCACGAUCAUUCUCCUCAAGUUCUUCUACGGGCAACAGGACGUGGCAUACGAAGAGCGCCAAGGAGCCGCGCGCCACAUAGCCCUUGCGCAAGAUCACUUCAGAGGAUGCUCUAUUGACCUGGAAGACGAGUACAGUCGGACUGCCAAAGUCUUCGAAGCCCUCGCCCAGACCUCAGACGGUGAAACGGGAGACCGCAAACCACGCCUGACCCACAGAAUGGGGGCGUCAAUAGUAUACGAUGCUGUUACGAAUGCGAGCGAAGUGCGCGGCACGGAGGUUGGCAUCCAGGAAGAGAAAAUCCUGGAGCCGCCGCCGAAUGAGAUGCAAGCUACCGCUGCGCUGAAUGACGGGCAAGCACUUGACUUGACACAAAUGGCGCCGAGUCACUUUGGCAUGAAUCCGGAUCUCCUGGACGGCUUUUGGAAUGACCCAUUCAUGAGCAUGGUCAACUUUGACGCCAGCGACAUGCACAGCUUUUGA